AUGAUCCUAACCCCAAAGAAAUUUCCACAUCCGUUAUACAAUUUAAAUCAAUGUACUAAAAGCAAUAAAAGAUUCGUAUCGGGUGUAAUAGCAUUCACGGCAAUUGACAAAUCAUCAAAGUAUCCAAGAUCUUCGAAUAUGGCACAUAAGUUGGGAAAGCUUAGGGUACCAUUGUUAAAGAGUCCAUCCUAUUUUGGGCAUUUCACUUCACGGGUUAAUCGAUUGUAUAAUGAAGAUAAAUACAGUGCCAAUGUUUUGGAAUUACCAAAUGAUAAGACGGUAUUCAAUUUCAAUAUAUUUGAUGGACAUGGAGGAGAUCAAUGUGCAACGUAUUUAAAAGAUAAUUUGUCACAGGAGAUUGAAAAAGCUAAUGAACUUAGUCAAGAAGAUAAUUCAACGAUGAGAGACAACCUCGCAAAGUCAUAUUGGAAAAAUGUUGGUGGCUACUGGAAAAGAUGGUAUAAGCAUAAAGAUGCCAACUUUGAGAUGAUGAUGCCUGAGAAUAAUAUUAUAAAAUUGAAUAACAUUAAAGAUACUAAAGAUGAUUUAAGCUUGAGAUUGCCCUUGUCGUUUUUAGAAGCAGAUUACAAAUUCUUCAAAGACGAAGAUAAAUCGGGCUCCACAUGUACUUCAGCAUUUUUAGAGACUAUUCACUCGGAAUCAACCGAUUUAGACUCAUCUUUUGAAAAGUAUUAUUUUAAUAGAAACACGAUAUCUAAGCUUACGAUUGCCCAGGUUGGCGAUACGCGAGCUAUACUUGUUGAUAAAAACGGAGAAGCACAUGCAUUAACUCAAUCGCACCACCCAUCUAAUCCAACAGAGUCCAAACGAUUAAGGAAGUAUGCUGCUAACUUCUUCAUGACGGAUUCGUUCGGGGAGGAAAGAUUUAUAGCAUUGGCCAAUACUAGGGCGUUUGGAGACAUAUCUUAUAAGGAAAUGGGAGUCACAGCUGAGCCGGAUGUGAUUCAGCUAAUUGUUGGUGAUAAUGCGGCUAUAAAGAAAAAGCUAACCCCUGAAGAAAUUAAGAAUUAUACGGUUGGUGCAUUAGGAGGUGAUGAAAGCUUCUUAGUAUUAUGCACCGACGGUGUAACUGACGUCUUAACUGACCAAGAAAUUGGGGAUAUCAUCAUGGUCAACUACAACAUGAAAGGACACCCUAAAGCUUCACCACAGCUAUGUGCUGAAGAAGUGAUCAAAUUUGUAGAAUAUGUCGGUGGUGACGAUAAUGCUACAUGUUUAGUGAUCAGAUUAAAUGGAUGGGGUUCAUGGCCAAUCUUAGAUAGAACUGGUCAAUUAAGGCAAGAAAGAAUGAAAGAUUACAGCCCUAGAGGUGAAAGGGGGUGA